AAUUUGUUUCUUUAUGUUUCUAAUUUAAAUAUUGAUAAAUAUUUUUGUAUCAGCGUAUACCCUUUUGUGAUCAAUGGUAUAUUCCUUCUGAGGCAUGACGGGAUACAUUUUCAUCGACAACAACAAAAAUGGUGUAGCAGACCAUGUCGUCUCCCUAUGAAGAUGACACCUUUACGGAGGCAACCGACAGUCAAACACAAGCUUCUGUAGAAAAAGAAGGUAGAAAAAAAGAUGACCUUGACCAUGAUGACUCACUUUCAAGAACUCACACAUCAGAGUCCCAGGAGCAUUGGUCAGAAAAUGUUACACAGUCACCUGAUAGAACAUCAUCAACCUCGGAGAAUGACAGACACCUCCAGGUGUACAGUGUGUCGUCCAUCGGAGAGAGCUCUUCGCGUAGCUCGCUCAGCAGCAGUGGGAGGAUCGUGGAGAAAUGGUCACACAGUAGCACAACUGCUGGAACUACUCACUCACAAGAUAUUUCCUCAGAGUUGCCAGAAGAGUCGGCUGUGGACAGAGAUGGCAGCUACUCAGAAGAUUUCAUCACCACUAGUGCCACAUCAGUUACUGAGGAGGAUGUAAGGUCAGACAGAAGCUCUACAGAUUCAGCCUCUGUGAAAGAGGAGCUGGAGGAUGAGGCCAGUGAUCACCAUGGAGAUGGUUACCAUGGUUACUCAAGUGAUGAGUUUGAGUCCUCAGGAGGUCAGAGUUCAGCAACAGAAUCUCUGUCUGCCAUAAAGGAAUCUGAAGCUAUGUCAAACUUCCUGCACCGAGCAUGUCAAGUGGUUAAACAGAACAACACAGCCUUGUUAGACACAGAAGCGCUGGCCAGCAGUUCCGCCCAGCAGCAGGCUGCCAAACUUGAUGAAGAAGACAUUGAAGUCACACCAGGAGAACUGCUGCAGUUCUGUUCAAGGAAGCAACAGUUGCUGAAAGAAAAAGCUGGACCAGAUGCUAAAAGGACAGAGAGAACUCAUCAAAGGAAGCAAGACACAGUAAAACAUACCAAAGGCAAAAUUCACAGAAGUCACAAGCCAAGCUCCAGAAGUGCCUCUCAGGCAAAAAGAUGCAUGAGGAAAGAAGAAGGCAUUCAGGAAGGAGCCAAAACAGACAGAAGAAGGCACAAAAGAAAACAAAAGUUACACGAAGAAAGAGAAUGUAGCAAGCCAGGUGUUCAUAAGGCAGUAGUGGAAAUUGCACCUCCACAGGACAAUGUGAAUUCUUCUGUUGAUUUGGUAACAAAAACAUAUAAAAUGUCAAGUAUAGACCCUUCAGAAAAGAGGGACCAUUGGUGGGAAGCAGACAGUGCAGAGGCUGACAGUUCAGUUCCACAGGGCUUAGUGGACAGAGUAAGGCUUGACACCAUGAUGUUAGACAUGAAAAGGGGAGCCAAGGCAAAGGUGCACAACCCUAGCACCUGCAGGUCCUGUGUGAAGAGAAAGGGGGCACUUCUGCAGGAAGAGUUCUUGAAGAGGAGCUCAGCUAACGUAGAGAGAAAGAUGAUUGAUGCCAAGGUAGAACAGCAUCUGAUCACGCACGAUUCUUUGACUCUGAUUGGUGAAAUUGCUCGGACGUUACCGCGCCCUACAGAUGACCCAAAUGAUGUGUGGGAGAGACUUAUGAAGGGAAGUGUCACCCUAAAGGAGGAUAAAAACAACAGGAAAUGUUAGCUGACAUCCCAGUUUUGAUGUGUAUUGUGUAAAAGUGAGUCAGAUAUCUUGCAUGCCUUGAUAUACAUGGCACUUUCAUUAGUUUGAUAGCAACAGUAGUUGUGCUUGCUAGAACCAGUUACAUUACAAUUGAAGUUAACCAGCCUAUCAAUUGUUAACAGGAAUAAGGUGGAAUAAGCAGCAAAUGUCUUGUGUCCCAUGUUCAAAAUGUUAUGCAAUGUUUUAUUAAAGGCAUUAGUUGCAUAGAUAUUCUGUUUGCUCACAUUGUUAUUGACACAUUCUUUUCUUGCAUGCAGUUGCACAUAGUGAAUAUUUUAUACAUCUUCCUGUGUCAUCACUGUCAUUAACUUGUUUCUUCAACUUUCUGUAUAUUGUGAUAAGAAUAUUUUUAUACAUGCCCAUCCUUUUUCCUUCGCUUCAAGCAGUUAUAAACAAAUAGCACUUUUUCAUGCAUUACAUAUGUGCUCACGAAAUCAGUGUGUUCUAUGUUUUUAUAAACAUUGUUAAAUUGUUUUUGCC